AAGCGCAGCGCACGCCCGGAAAAGAAAAGGGCAGGAGAAAGAAAGAAACCUGAUCGGAUGGCGGAUGCCCCACUCCACCGCGUCGCGUUGGGAGUCGGACGCCGCGCAGAGUCUCGCCGAGUCGGGCAAUGGCAUCCAUAGCCAUACAUCUUCUCGCGGAGGCUGAGGCUGAGGCGGUCACCACCAUGCCCUUGCCCUUGCCCUGCCCCCAUCGCAACGCACCAAGGAGGACUCCGCCUCGUGCUCCUCCUGACCUCCUCCCCAGUCGUCUUCUUACCCACCCGUACCACCACCCGCCCCCGCUCCCCUUUCCUGACCCGAUUCCCAAUCCCUAGCCCUCUCCUCCUACUCCGCCGCCAGCCCCCCCGCCGCGCCCGGAGAUGCAGGCCGCCGCCCGCCGGCGCUUCCGGUGGGUCAAGGAGUGGGUGCCGCAGGACCUGGUCGUCGCCGGAGGCCCCUGCGCGCUCUUCAAGUGGGUGCGAGAGGAUAGAUUGGCAGCUUUGAAAGCUAAGGACAAGGAACAGGGGGCAGAAUCUGCAAUACCAGAACCAAACACCGAGGUUCUCUUCUUGUGCAGCUAUGAAGGAUGUGGGAAGACAUUCUUUGAUGCUGGGGCUCUUAGGAAGCAUGCUCAUGUCCAUGGGGAGAGACAAUAUAUCUGUCACUAUGAGAACUGUGGCAAGAAAUUCUUAGAUAGCUCGAAAUUGAAGAGGCAUUUUCUUAUUCAUACAGGAGAAAAGAACUUUGUGUGCCCUCAUGAAGGCUGCGGGAAGGCUUUUUCAUUGGAUUUCAAUUUGAAGGCGCAUAUGAAAACUCAUUCUGCGGAUAACUAUCAUGUGUGCCAGUACCCAGAGUGUGGCAGGAGAUUUACACAAGAAUCGAAACUAAGAGCUCAUAUCAGGGCACAGCAUGAGAAAGUUGUUGGCCUACAGAAUCCAGGUCCGUCGACAGUGAACCAUAGUGCACUAGGAGAUUAUCGGCAGCCCCCUAAACCAGUAAAGGUUUCAGCAACGCCUCCAGCUCCCUCAGCCGAGCGUCCAUAUGUCUGCCCUUAUGAAGGCUGCGACAAGGCGUACAUUCAUGAGUACAAGCUGAACCUCCAUUUGAAAAAAGAGCACCCCAACCACUACCAGGAUGGUGGUCCUCAAGGCGCUGCCCCUUCUUCAAAGCGCAGCAUCUCAAAGAGUUCCAACAGAAGCAAGCCGGACGUCCUUGCUGGGAUGCCACCGACCAAGAUCCCAAAGCGCAAAGGAGGGUACGCAGCACCAUUGCCAGCCGUGAGCGUCCCCGAGGAGCACCAGUGGUCAAGGAAAGUGGCGUACGAGGAUGACAGCGAGGAGACUGAGGAAGAGGGGGACAACGAUGUCGAGGAUGGAUGGAGAUACAACAAAGCUGCUAGCAGCGACGAUGAGGAAACCGAAGACGAAGAAUGAGCUGGUAGCACCCAUUUGUUGUGCAGUAGUUGUGGAUAUAAUUUACAGACUUCGGGGGUUAUAGUUUUUGCAUUAUACAUGUACAAUGUUAAAAAUAAGGCUGACCUGUUAGUAGACAACAGAGGUUUUAGUUGGCCUGCCCCUCUCAUGUAGACGUCUCAUGGCUUCAGAAAUUAUAAUGAGUCAUUGUUCCAAUUCGUUUGUAUC